AUGCAGCGCGUCUCUGCCUUCUUGCCCUCAUGGGACAGGCGCACCUCCAACCAGACGACCUCGAGUGCGCAGUCGAACUCGGCCACGAAAGACUCCAACAACGCCAGCUGCAGCUCGCUUGGCCAGCACAAGACCGCAGCGAACUCUAGUGGCUUCUUUGGGUGGUCGAAUCGGUCGAGCACCAGUAGCGCAAGGGCCAGCAGCUUGUUCAACGGCCUCUCCAAGAUCAAUGUGCAGACCGCGAACCAGAGGAACAGCAACACUGGCAGCGUCGCCAAUGUCCGCGUGCAGCGAGAAGCCUUCUGGCCAGCUACCCUGGACGCCGAGUGCGACAAGGCGGCCAGGAUACUCAAAUCCUUUUGUGCGGAUGGAUACCUCGCGACCCUCAACGAAACCACACCAGACUCUACCGCGAACGAACCAAGUACGCCCAUCAAAGUAUCAAAGAAGAUCCCGAAACGAAUAAUUCAAAAUGCUGCCGGCAUUGCCGUCUUCACUUGCAUGAGGAGUGGAUUGUGGAUGACAGGCUCCGGCGGCUCCGGCAUCCUCAUCGCUCGCAAGUCUGACGGCACAUGGUCACCACCGACGGGCAUCAUGCUUCACACGCCGACACUGAGCUUCAUCAUCGGCGUCGACGUGUAUGAUUGCGUUCUUGUCGUGAACAGCCUGGCCGCUCUGGAGUCGAUGACCCAAUCGCGGGUUGUGCUGGGGGAGGAUGUCGGACUCACCGCUGGCCCUCUGAUGCCGCUGGACAAGCCCGGGACGGACCUGGAGAUUGAUCUCAAGAGUCUGGGCAACACUGUUCUGACGUAUAUGAAAGCGCGAGGUCAGGAGCAGAGGGUCAACAUGAGUGGCUGCAUUCUCACCGAACGCACCAACGAGAACGAGCGAUUCUACGGAUGCAACGCCUCGCAAAUGGACAUCCUGUCGGGCAGCAUAGCACGCCAUGUCGAGGAGACAAGGCCUCUAUCUGAGGUCAUCAAACUCGCCGAGGGCCGGUCGGAUUUUGACCCUGCGCUCAUUGCUAAGCUGAUGGUCGACCCUGCGCCAGGGGAUGCGAAUAUUGCCUCCCCCAACUCGACACCUCAGUCUCCUCGCCCUGCGCAGGCUUUCGGCAUGCCCCAGGUGGAUGACCCCGAUCCGUUUGGCGUGCUGGCUCUGGAAAUGGCCGGCAUGGAGAUCCGUGAAGCAGGAAGCCGGCUGCGUCCCACAAGCAGUCAACUCAACUUCCAAACUCGUCCCAUGAGCGCUGCGUCUUCCAGGACCAACUUUCGCCAGAGCAGCCAGACCUUCAAGUCCAACACCCAGCGUGAGAGCUACAGGUCGUCGCGUACCAUCCGGAGCCAGGUCACCGAUGCGCACACACAGACUGACGUCAACAACACGCCCGACACCAGCCCGAGCCCAAGACGCAGCGAGCAAGACAGAGGCCGAAGUCCGACCCAAAGGAUUCGAUCCAAGAUCGAGGACAAGCACGACGAAGCGCAAGAGCCGGCAGAGGUGGACUACACCACCGUCGAUGAGACCCCGCUCAAGCAUUUGAGUACCCCACUGGCCCAUACGGACGACGAGCCAUCCUGGAAAGGAGUCGCUACGGCCGAAACAGAGAAGGAUGGCUCAAAUCUUCGUGUCCCACAGAAUGACAAGGAUGUUGAUCGUCGGUCGAAAGCCUCCAGUCAUUAUGGUGAAGAGAAAAAUCUUCCUGCCGGCUCGGAUGCCGAAGACCUGUCUGACGACGACAGUGGCUUUAGUGACGAAGAAGACCCCGUUGUAUUCGAGGUUGCGGCUGUGCAGCCGGCUCGCACACAAGCCGUCGCGUCUCGCGUCGUUCACGCCAGGGGCAACAUGGUCAAUAUCCCCAAGCGGAUCCCACCUCCAUUGCCGGCCAGAAAUCCAGCUCGAGCCUCCUUGCAAAGUCGGAGCGAUUGGGGAACCGACUCGGCUAGUUUGCGGAGUCCUCUUCGCCAUCAGUUCAGUGGCUCGGAUCUCAGUGCUGAUAACGACGCGGGAUCUAUUGACAAGAAGCGGGCAUCCACGCAGUCCCAGAACGAGUCUGUUGCCUCACGGCUGCAAACGCCGCCUCCGGAGGAGUGCGAACCCAUCACACCCCGCGUUGAAGACACCGAGCAUGCACUGCCCGUCGUUGAAAUGCCGCAACCUGACUCAGGCGUCCAGGAAGCUGAUGAGGCAGCGAAGACUAUUGUCGAGGACUCGAAAGCAGCUCAGAAGGCCGAUGUUUCCGCUGAAAGCAACGAUCAUGGCCAGCCUCAGUCACCGUCCAAGGAGAUCACCGACAACCAAAUUAAGGACACAACAGCGACCCAGAACACCCCCCAAGAGGAACAGGCUGAAGAAGUCGGAUCUGGCCACGCUGCGUCAUCCGCACCUCCUGAGCUACCCUCGAACAGCGAGGAGGUUUCGGAAGCUGUUGUCACGAUCACCCCUCCCGCCAGCGCCACGAGGGGCGAUGGUGAUGAGAAGAGGGUUCGUUCAUCAAUCGACACGGGCGUUUCUGACUCACACUCCAGCUUUGAGGAUAGUGCGUAUACCACUCCACCGACUUCUGAACACAAGUUUCUCCUAAAUGAUGAUCAAGACGAGACACCACGAAAAACUGCAGCGCAAACAGAAGAUGUUGCAGUUACCAAUGGGAACGAGGGCAAGGAGGACGACGGGCCCGCCACUUUUGAGGCUGCCGAACCAGUCGAAGAGCAGGCCAAAGCGAAGACGGAGACACCCGCUGCUGCACCAACGUCGACUUGA